CCCCCAUCAUGGUUUCUUGUCACAUUCGUCGUACACAGCUGUCUUGGAAUGAUCUGGGGAACGUGGUAGUUUUAAGGCGUCUCGAAACAACAUAUGCAGUCGUUUUUGCAGCGUGGUGUUUAAUUUCCACGGAACGAAAGCCAUAUUGUUCCCCCUGAAGCUAAAGUUAAAGUGAGCACAACAUGGCAUAUCGCUUCCUCAAGAAUGCAGCGCUUCUUCAGAAGUACAGAACUCCGCUGCUCGUAACAAGCUGCGGUGGCGUCUUUGCAGCCAACAUGUUCUACCACGUCUUCCCUGACGCGUCGUACCGACAGCUCUACCAGGCCUGGUACAAAGGAGAGCCGGUCACCCUGUCUGACAAGCUAGAGGACCUUUUCCAGCAGGUGCUAAAGGACUACAGUGUCGACUCAUCCAAGAACUUCUCUGCCUUCGCUUCCUUUGGUUUCCACCCAGUCAGCGCUGGUGUCCCAUGGCUCCCUGCAGGGGCUCAAAUUGGCAUCCCGGCGAACUUUAAUAGUACGACUGCUGACCACGGUGGCAUCACGAACCGGACUAUUUUCAUCGAUGGUAAAACAGUGGAGUGGGACACUGAGAGGGGCACGGCUCUCAAGGAGUCACUGGUGUUCUCCCUCCAAGCACAGAAAUUCGCCAUAGCGCGGGAAGUGGCCCGUUUGCAGUCGGGCUCACCCAUUGUGAGUGCUGCAGUUGCCCCCUUGUGCCUGGCUGGGGUUUGGGUGUACAGCGUGGUCCUGAAGCAGGUGUUCAGCCUCCACGCCGGGCCCGCUUUGCUGCGUGGAGCCGUGAACCUUGUGGCGCUGGGGCUUGGCGCCGUGUCCUACUUCCUCACCUCGGACGCCGUCACCCAGUGGUCCGAUUACAGCUCGGACCGACGGGCCGCUCGGGUGUCCCGUGACUAUGCCAAGGGCGGGUUAGAGUUUUACGACAAGAUUCUGUCUAGAAACAAGACACUGCGCUCGCUCAUGGGACAGAAAGGAGAGGAGAUGUAUGCGCCCAGUGGGAACUUGUUUCCCGCCAACAUCCUUCAGCUGAAGCAUACACCGUACACCUCGAGGAGAGAGGGCAUCCUCAUUCUGAUGAAAAAGGACAAGAUAUAAAUUUAAUACUUCAUUGUGUUGGGAGCACACAUUUUCACAGUAAUGUACAGUUCAUAUACUGAAUAUUAUAAACGGUUAUGGAAAGCUGUUUGUGCAUUUAUUCGAUAUGCAUGAUAUCCAGCUUAAGGGCCAUGGAACUCGUACUUUCUUAAUUAUUAUUACUGUAGUAAUACAAUGACCGCUAGUAAAGCACACUCAUUCAACGAGAGUGCUGGACUGUUUUACUGGUAAGAAUACACGUCGUAAUCUUUCGUAAUCAUCGUGCAUUUUGUGUUUUGGAAGAAUCUGCAGUCGAUCCCAGUUCACCAAAGUGGGGGGUAGACAUACCAAUUUUUAACAUCUUAACCAAUUUUUGAAAACCUCUAAAAAAAAUAAUAGGACUAUGAGGGAGCGUAUUUUCAAUUACUUAAGUCCACUGUAUGUUUUUGUGUGUAUGACGUACAAAGCAAGGGCGCCAUACCUUAAUGGAAAAGCGGGCUAAUGCAAUAUAUUCUGU